CGCCGGGCUCUCCGCGCGGCCGAAGGGCGCCGGAGCCGCCGCCGCCGCCGCCGCCGCGCUCGCCCGGAAAAGUUUCCCCGCCCGGGCUCCCUGGGAGCCUGCAGCCGCCCUCCUCCCAUCCUAGCCCUGCCCACCUCGGCCCCAUGCCCCCACCAGUCAGCCCCGGGCUACAGGCAGCGAGCAGGCACGAGGAAGCAGAGGCCUUGUGACCAGGCCCAGGAGACGGGUGCUCCGGGGUCCCAGCCACCUGCCCCCUCCAUGGAGCUGAGGCCCUGGUUGCUAUGGGUGCUAGCCACAGCAGGAGCCCUGGUCCUGCUGGCAGCCAACGCCUGUAGCCAGAGGGUCUUCACCAACACAUGGGCCGUGCGCAUCCCCGGGGGCCUGGCGGUGGCUGACAGUGUGGCGCGGAAGCAUGGAUUCCUCAACCUAGGCCAGAUCUUUGGCGACUAUUACCACUUCUGGCAUCGAGCAGUGGCAAAGCGGUCGCUGUCGCCUCACCGCCUGCGGCACAGCCGGCUGCACAGGGAGCCUCAAGUCCAGUGGCUGGAGCAGCAGGUGGCAAAGCGACGGAGCAAACGGGAUGUGUACCAGGAGCCCACGGACCCCAAGUUCCCCCAGCAGUGGUACCUGUCUGGUGUCGCUCAGCGGGACCUGAACGUGAAGGAGGCCUGGGCCCAGGGCUACACGGGGCACGGUAUCGUGGUCUCCAUCCUGGACGACGGCAUUGAGAAGAACCACCCGGAUUUGGCAGGCAAUUAUGAUCCUGGGGCCAGUUUCGAUGUCAAUGACCAGGACCCUGACCCCCAGCCCCGGUACACCCAGAUGAACGAUAAUAGGCACGGCACGCGGUGCGCAGGCGAAGUGGCUGCAGUGGCCAACAACGGUGUUUGCGGUGUGGGCGUGGCCUAUAAUGCCCGCAUUGGAGGGGUGCGCAUGCUGGAUGGCGAGGUGACGGACGCGGUGGAGGCGCGCUCGCUGGGCCUGAACCCCAACCACAUCCACAUCUACAGCGCCAGCUGGGGCCCUGAGGACGACGGCAAGACCGUGGACGGGCCGGCCCGCCUGGCCGAGGAGGCCUUCUUCCGAGGGGUCAGCCAGGGCCGAGGAGGGCUCGGCUCCAUCUUCGUCUGGGCCUCGGGGAACGGGGGCCGUGAGCACGACAGUUGCAACUGUGACGGCUACACCAACAGCAUCUACACGCUGUCCAUCAGCAGCGCCACGCAGCUGGGCAACGUGCCCUGGUACAGCGAGGCCUGCUCGUCCACGCUGGCCACCACCUACAGCAGCGGCAACCAGAACGAGAAGCAGAUCGUGACCACCGACUUGCGGCAGAAGUGCACAGAGUCUCACACGGGCACCUCCGCCUCGGCCCCCCUGGCAGCCGGCAUCAUCGCACUCACCCUGGAGGCCAAUAAGAACCUUACCUGGCGUGACAUGCAGCACCUGGUGGUACAGACCUCAAAGCCGGCCCACCUCAACGCUAACGACUGGACCACCAACGGCGUGGGCCGCAAAGUGAGCCACUCCUAUGGCUACGGGCUACUGGAUGCAGGUGCCAUGGUGGCCUUGGCUCAGAACUGGACGACAGUGGCCCCCCAGCGGAAAUGCAUCAUUGACAUCCUCACGGAGCCCAAGGACAUUGGGAAGCGGCUGGAGGUGCGCAAGACGGUGACGGCGUGCCUGGGCGAGCCCAGCCACAUCACCCGGCUAGAGCACGCCCAGGCUCGGCUCACCCUGUCCUACAACCGCCGCGGCGACCUGGCCAUCCACCUGGUCAGCCCCAUGGGCACCCGCUCCACCCUGCUGGCCGCCAGGCCGCACGACUACUCCGCGGACGGCUUCAACGACUGGGCCUUCAUGACGACGCAUUCCUGGGACGAGGACCCCUCCGGCGAGUGGGUCCUGGAGAUUGAGAACACCAGCGAGGCCAACAACUACGGGACACUCACCAAGUUCACCCUCGUGCUCUACGGCACGGCUCCCGAAGGGCCGCCCGCGCCCCCGGAAAGCAGCGGCUGCAAGACGCCCACGUCGAGCCAGGCCUGCGUGGUGUGCGAGGAAGGCUUCUCCCUGCACCAGAAGAGCUGUGUCCAGCACUGCCCGCCGGGCUUCGCCCCCCAAGUCCUCGAUACACACUACAGCACCGAGAACGACGUGGAGACCAUCCGGGCCAGCGUCUGCCUCCCCUGCCACAGCUCGUGCGCCACCUGCCGGGGGCCGGCCCCCACGGACUGCCUCAGCUGCCCCAGCCACGCCUCCCUGGACCCCGUGCAGCAGGCGUGCUCCCGGCAAGGCCAGAGCAGCCGUGAGUCGCCACCGCAGCAGCCGCCGCCGCUGCCGCCCGGGGCUGGGGGGGAGCCGCGGCUGCAGGCGGGGCUGCUGCCCUCGCACCUGCCCGAGGUGGUGGCCGGGCUCAGCUGCGCCUUCAUCGUGCUGGUCUUCGCCACGGUCUUCCUGGUGCUGCAGCUGCGCUCCGGCUUCAGCUUCCGGGGGGUGAAGGUAUACACCAUGGACAGAGGCCUCAUCUCCUACAAGGGGUUGCCCCCCGAAGCCUGGCAGGAGGAGUGCCCCUCGGACUCGGAAGAGGACGAGGGCCGGGGCGAGAGGACCGCCUUUAUCAAAGACCAGAGCGUCCUUUGACGCGCCCACUGCCCGCCCCGCGAGCCGACCCCCUCCUGUGGCACUUUUUACUUCACCAAAGUAUUUUUUUAUCUUGGGACUGGGUUCAGGCCCCAGCUGGGAGGCCAGAAGGGCGGCAGAGACUGCGUCUCACCCCCCCAAUCCUUGGGCCCAGCUGGCCGGGGGUGGGGCGGAACCAGCUGGGGGACAGGGGAGGGCCUCCAUCCACCCCAGCACCUUCUGCGGGUGGAGGAAGCAGCGAAGCCUCUGGGGGCCUGGCUGGAGUCCUGCCCAGUGGAGGGGCAGCCCCUCAUUUUCGGGAUUCCUGGCCCAGGCUGCGGCUCUUGCCCCUCCCCGUCCCUCUAAAGCAAUAAUGCUCCCCGUCCAGGCAGCAGGGAGACUGGCCUAGGAGGGAUUUGGAGGCGGCGGCCACCUCUCCAAGGGCUUUCGCAUCCCUUUCACAGUCCCCCAGCUCUGCUGAGCCUCGGUGGAAGCGGCGAUCAUAGGAAGGGACCAAGGUGAGGCAGGUGCCCCCCAUCCGGUGCACGCCCUGCCUCCGCACUCCGUGCCCGCGCCGCAGCCGGCGUCCCCACCGCCCUGCUCUCUGGCACCCCCGCCCCGCCAGGGCCCAAGUCCCUGUAUUCUGAGCCCGGGGCCGCCUGGGCUGUUGGCACUCACAGUCCCGGAGCCCCUGGGUGGCGGUGGAGAGGGACGGUGACCCGCUGGCCUCUCCGCCCGCCGCCCGAUGCUGCUUUCCCCUGUGGGGAUCUCAGGAGCUGUUUGAGGAUAUAUUUUCACUUUGUGAUGAUUUCACUUUAGAUGCUGAUUUUUUUUUUUUUUUUUGUAUUUUUAAUGGGGGUAGCAGCUGGACCACCCACCUUCUCACACCCACUGACCACCCUGCCCUUCCCUGGCUGCCCUGGCCCCAAGGUGCGGGGGCUGCAGCAGGUGGCUGAGGACUGAGGAGUAGCUGAGCCCCAAGUCCUGAAGAGGCGGGCUCCAGGAAGGGGGGCCACGGCGGGGAGGCAGGCUGACAUCUGUGUUUCCAGUGGGGCUCAGCGUGCCAAGGGCCCACGUGUGGGGCGCUGGCUCCCCACAUGCCAGGGGUGGGCAGGUGGUGGCACGGAGCCCCCUCCAACACUGUGCCCUGGUGGAGAGACGCACCGGCCUGCCCCCAACCCCCUCUUCUGAUGUGCCUUCUGCACCCCUCCCAGUAGGACAAUCAGCCCCUCCCACCUGGGAGUCCCCGUUUCUCUCCCCUUGCCCUUCCUAGUACCCAGCCACCUGCCCAGGGGUGCCCCCUCCUCCCUACCCCCUUUCCCCUCGUGGCCAGCCCGGCUGGUUUUGUAAGAUAACUGGGUUGGUGCACAGUGAUUUUUUUUUUUCUUGUAAUUUAAACAGGUCCAGCAUUGUUGGCUCUAUUUAAUGGACACGAGAUAAUGUUAGAGGUUUUAAGGUGAUUAAACGUGCAGACUAUGCAAACCA